AUGGCACUCACUUCAGACACAUCCUUCUGCUUCUCAGCUGAAACCUCACCUCUCAUCACCAUGUGCAGCAACUACUACGGAAACUCCUGUGGAGGCUGUGGCUACAGCUCUGGCUGUGGCUAUGGCUCUGGCUGUGGCUAUGGCUCUGGCUGCGGCUAUGGCUCUGGUUGUGGCUAUGGCUCAAGAUAUGGCUAUGGCUGUGGCUAUGGCUCAGGCUAUCCCUGUGGAUACAGCUCUGGCUCUGGCUGUGGAUAUGGUUCCAGGUAUGGCUCUGGCUAUGGCUGUAGAUAUGGCUCUGGCUAUGGCUCUGGAUACGGCUCUGGCUAUGGCUGUGGAUACGGCUCUGGCUAUGGCUGUGGAUAUGGUUCUGGCUGCUGUAGCUAUAGAAAAUGCUACUCUUCUCGCUGCUAG